AUGGAAAUGGUGGAGUGCGCCGAAAGAGAAGAUGAGGCGUUUUCUAAUAUGGCAGAGGUCUCUGACUAUGAACCGGGAAGCAGUGACUUGGAAUAUGACUGCACAGCGGAUGUGGGAGAAAGGGACUCAGCUAGCCUGCACAAAUAUUUCUUGGUGGAAGGGUCGAUGCUGAUGUCAUUGUUCCGGUUCUGUCCUGAGUGCGGCCACCGAUUAAGAAAAGCACAACUGAAGGCAGUGGGAACUGCCGCUGUCGUUUGGGGAUCUGACUAUUCUAUGCAUGACGCUAUGCCAGAGCUGGUGGCUGAAGACUUGAAGGCCAGAAAUCCAUCCAUGGUUCUCGGUGUGUGUCUACAUUAUUCCGUUCGUGAGCACAAUCAGAGCCCAAGAUAA